AUGGCACAAAAUGGUGCAAAACUAGGCGUGUUGGAAAGAAAAAGCGAUUUGGCGAGAGUCGGUGUAAACGUGUCACAAUCCCAUGGAAUCACCUUAUACACUGGACCGCAAAUCACGAUCAAUGAACUUGCAAUCGAUCGCGCCAUUUACUUCCAUGGCUAUCUUCUUGAACAAACAUUGGAGUCAAUCGGACUAAAAUCGAAUCGUUUAUCGAACGCUGAAUUGAAAGCAUCGUUAAUACGAGAAAUUCUUAUGUUUCCCGAAAUUAUCAUUACCAAAGAAGCUCUGUACGCAUAUGACGAUUCUUUUUUACAGAUCGAAAAACAUUUGAUCGUGCCAUGCACAGAUACUUCGGAAACAUUAGUGACCGAUUGUUUGUUAAUUCAUGAUUAUUUUCUUUUCACAAACACACAUCGACCAAUCAAAUGCUACGCGAAGGUAUUACCAAACAACGCUAUCGAUACUGAUUCGAUUCAAAGAAAACUACAACGUUAUAAUGUUCAACUAACCGACUAUAUUGUUGCAGCUCGAGCAAGCGGUGUUCAAUUAUCCUCGUCAUUGACCACAAUCGGAAAAGCUUUACUCUGUGAAGACCAGUACUCGAAAAUUUCUGAUAUCACCACAGUACUAUCAGAUUCCACAUCAACUUACACAAUUCAUCGGACAAUCCCUUUAAAUGCAAUCAUACCUGUACGACCACAACAAUUGAAUCAUACAAGUUCGAAUAUUACAGAUGAAACGCAAUUUACUUCCGCUCAAGAAACCACUCAUGUUUCACGAAACUCUUUAGUGGUCAAACGAUGUCGCGCUGCAACCGGCGCUAUUCAACAAGAUUUAGAUAUGGCUCAUGAUACAGAUAUCAUCUCAUUUGAUGAUCUUCUAUCAAAAUAA